CUUACGCGUUGCAGGAGGCACCCCUCUUACCUCAUCUCUCAGUGCUAGGCAACUCUUCAAGCGAACGUGUAGUUUUGUUGCUCUCCCAUCAUGGGUGUGAAGCCAUGAGGUGCGCGCAAGUGUGCUCAGUGAAGGACUUGAGUUAAUACAUCUGCAAAACGUGCAGCCAGGGCUCCGCUAGUUGUGCAGAGACUCUCGUUCAAGGUGUUAUUACUCUGAUUGUCUGCACGGCGCUACGUUCCUUGUCACAGGCAACAGGGGGACUGACGGCGUCCCGGUACUGCAGGCCUGCCAGGUCACAGGCUGGCGCGUUCGCACAGGCUGCGUUCACUGGGGAUUUCAACGUCAGUGCCAAACCGCACUGCUGGGGCGUGGGGAUGUGCUGUGCUCUGCCAGCACCGCUGUGGGCAGCAGCGAACUCCAGCAGGCAAGCGGUAAGGUCUCAGCCCCCCGCCGCAGUUUGCUCAAUGAACUUGAUCAAGGGGAAGUUUUGUGGCUGGCCCCACUUGGUCUCGCUUGUAUUAGUGCGUAUUAGGCCCCCAGAGGUGUGUGACUGGGCGCUAAGAAUCGGUCAGGGGGGUUAGGCGUUUCUGUUGCAACUGCAGGGACAAGUGCAAAGCCGAGUUUACGACUGAACCUGCCCGAGUCUCUGUACUUCUUACAUAUGCAAUCCACGUUGGCAGAACACUAAUACGUAUCAAGUGUUUUAAGAGGUAGGGAUCAAACGUGGUUAAGUUUGCUUUCGUGAUCUUAGAUUGCUUCCUUGCAUUUAGUUACGACGUGGGAGUCUGAGUUCUUGCUUUCAACUCAAGGUGAGACCUGCUCAGGUAAUGUGUAGUGAAUGAACUCUUCUUGACUGCAGCAUCUUGCCAUCUUGCAGGAAAUGGAAGGUGUGGUGCAAAUGAGUUGGGAUUGCAGGGGGAAAGAAGGGCAGCCUUCAUCUGAGGCCACACUGGAUGCAUGAAGUUGUCUAAUUACAUAAGCUGACUGAAAACUUGUGCAACGCACAGAUGAAUGAGAAAAGUGUGUGUGAUUAUCAGAUCUUGCAAAGGAGGCAGAGGAGGGAGGGAGAGCAGAGCCAUGCUUUAAAUGGCAGCCUGCAGUUAGAUCAGAUUUAAUAAGAUACUGGGAAACGGUACGAUUAAAUUACGUCCCUUCUUCCAAAGAUGCUAUUAGAGUCUAAUCAGAUUAUUUAGAUCACUUUCACUACUGGUUAUGAACUGCACGUAGCUUAGUUUCUGAGCCUUAAGAUUGAUGGUGUGAUUUACAAAAGUAUUGCGCAUUUAGGGCACGGUUACGUGUGGUUUUUUUUUUUUAAUGGCAAUUUUCUGGGCUAUUUUUUCCUCCAUCUUUCCUGUUUACUGAGAGUUGAACGGAUGCAAUUAGCAAAAGAAGGUGGUAAGAAGUAAUCUUGAGACCCAUGAACAAUUGUACUGGUUUGAAGAAAUGGUGUUUAGUUAGGUAAUGAAUAAGGUGGGACACGGAUGGAUUGAGAGCGGCUUUGAGCAGCUUUGCUGCUGACGAAGAUUUGCAUGAAACCAAGGCUGUAACCUGCCUUAGAGCAACCAAAUCUUCCUCAGUGGGAGAGAAAGGCAAUACUUCAAACUUUGCAGGUUUCCAUUUUCUAUCUAUUCUUGAAUUUAAAUGCAAAAAAAAAAAAAUCAUAUUAUCCUGAACUUUUUGGAAAUAGCUAUAAGAUGCUAAUCUAGAUAGAUUUCUUGUGUACUUGAAUCGAAACCACAUAAACUGAAUUUACCAUGUCAUUGCUGAUUACAGUUACUAAACUACUUUAUUUUUAGGUAACUAUAGGCCGAGGAUUAGAUCUCACGUACCAGCUGGUGUCAAAAACCUGUCCCUUGAUGAUCUCUCGUAAGCACUGUGUUUUCCAGCAAAAUGCAGAAGGGCAGUGGACUGUCAAGGAUAACAAGAGUCUAAAUGGAGUCUGGCUUAAUAAACAGCGCCUGGAUCCCUCAAAAGCCUAUCCUAUCGCUGAAGGAGACCGUAUCCAGUUGGGAGUGCCUUUGGAAAACAAAGACACUGCUGAAUAUGAGUAUGAAGUAAUUAAAGAGGAGUGGGAGAAAAUCAGACCCUUUUUAGCCCAAAGGAAUGACCUGGGGAAAGCUAAGAGUUCAAGAACUAAACGUAAAUUUAGUUUGGAGGAAUUGGAGACUUCUGGAUCAGAAGGCCCUUCAAACUCCAAAUCCAAAAGAGACAGAGUGUCCCGUGACAAUGAACCUUUGGGUAAGUCAUGGGGCAGGGUAGAAGAGGCCAAACAGUUAACAGAGAGGAUGGAUGUCAAGCUGCCUCCUCCUGGACCAAGUGAGGAGGAUAGUAGUCCAGCGCGUAGUAGCCCUGUACACUCCGAGAAAGCCGUGCCUGUCCCCCAUAAGGACCAGAAAGGCUCUGGUCUUGCACAGUCAUGGACUGGCUUGGAAAUGCUGAGGAAAACUCUAGUAGAUAUAAUGAAGUUAAAGGUCAAAGUGCAGGAGAAGCAGGCAGCCGUUCUGAACGUGAAGCAGAAGCGCAGGAAGUGUGCUCAGAAGGAGAUCCUGGCAAUGGAGCAGGAGCUGCGGGAGCUGCAGGACCAGCUGUGUGUGGAACAAGAGCAUCAUCAGCAGCAGGUGGAAGAGCUGGAGAGGUCAUUUUCUAAAGAGCAGCAGAAGCUAGAGGGAGUAAAGUGGCAACACGGGGAAGAGAAUCUGAAGGAGCAGCUGGCCCAGGUCCUGCAAGAGCAUCAUGCUUUGAUGGAAGAACUGAGCCGCAGUAAAAAAGAUUUUGAGGAGAUAAUUCGAGCUAAGAAUAAAGAACUGGAAGAAACCAAGGAGGAGAAGGAAAAGGUGAGAGCCCAAAAAGAAGAGGUGUUGAAUCAGAUGAAUGACGUGUUGGAGAAUGAGUUGCAGUGCACAAUCUGUUCUGAGUACUUUAUCGAGGCAGUCACUCUGAACUGUGCACACAGCUUCUGCUCCUACUGUAUCAAGGAGUGGACGAAACGUAAAGUGGAGUGCCCUAUCUGCAGGCAGGAGAUCAAAUCAAAGACACGCUCUCUGGUGCUGGAUAACUGCAUUGACAGGAUGGUAGAAAAACUGGAUGUGGAAAUGAAAGAGCAUCGCCUGACCCUUAUCAGAGAGCGGAAAGGUGAGAGAGAAACAGAAUGUGUUGGUGAAACCAGCCACAGACAAUGACAGCAGUGUCAUUUCUUCCAUCUACUCCAUCUUGUCGAUGAGCAGUUGUGACAGUGAGGACUCUGAGGAGGAUUCUUACUAUAAUGAAAGCUACUACAUUAUCUAAACACUGUUACUGCAGACUCGUUUGCCUGUGUGCUGCCCAGAACCAUCCUAAUGGUAUUUGGUUGACUACUGCUGGAUGAAUGGACUGGACGUCUGGAAGGAGAGACUCUAUGAAGAGGCUGGAGCUGAGAACUAGCAGCAUUUGGAAGAAGGACCUUAUUUUUUAAAUGAAUGUACAGAAGCUUGAUCUCUAAAACAAAACUGGGGUUGUGAGAGAACAAACUGCCGUUAUGCUAGAUGGUUGACAUACAAAACCUAGGCUUCCAUGAUCGCUUGUGACCUGCUCGGUGUAAUGUAACAGUUUGUAUGCGUCACUGCCCUUUCCUCAGUGAAUGACAUGUUUAAAUGUGUGUAUCAGCUUCCCUUACUUCAAGCAGUAGAGGGAAUGGCCCAAGCUAUUUGAGAACUUGGCCAUCCCCACCAGCAGGCAGGAGAGGUAUAUCAGGAAAAAGUGCCAACGUGGGUUUUCCUCUUGAAUUUCAUACGGCAGCUAGAGUCAUCCCAGGCCUCUGGCAGUAAAGGUAGCAAAGGGUGGGUUAUGGACCCUGUCAGCCUUAAGUGCUUAAAUGCAUUGUAAGCUGAGCUGCUGGCCAUCCGUUUGCUCUGUUGAUGUUCCUCAUUUUCUGUUAGAUAGGGAUGGAGAAGAUUAAAUCUUCCAGAAUUUCUUAGCUAGUGCUCUUUUCAUACAGUACCUUUGGUUUGUUCCCCCUUCAGGCUUUUGCGUAAAGGGUUUUAGAAUUGGGAAGCAGCACAUCCAGAAGUUAUUAGCAAUGACUUCAGAAACACGUAUAGUUCUUGUCAGCAGCAGAGAGGGACCUCUGCCUCUUCAGAAGUGCUGCUAUCUGAAUUAGUGAAAUGUCCUGUUGGCAGGGUAGGAAAGCAGCAUCUGUGGCAACCACAAGGCACAGAAGGAAGCAUUUAGUUUUAUUGUUUACAAAACAUUGCUGUUGAGCCAUGGGUUGUACUACCCUCACAGCAAAUCACUCAUCCCUAAGAGACUGAGCAAGUCUUGCCUCAUCCUAUCAUGAAUUUGUCUAUGAAGUUCCAUUUUCAGUGGCUUAUGCUUUUGACUUAGCCGUUACAUGGAAAGGACUGUUCUACACUGUGAGAAGAGGAUGGGGGAAGCCCUUCUCAUCUAUAAUAUUUCUUUGGCUAUUUUUACGUACUUUCUUGUUUCGAUGUUUAUUUUGUUUAAGAAGGAAAAUAUAAAUCCAUUUCUGCAUUAGUCUUCCUUGGUGCAACCACUGAGAUGAAUGUCUUUCUCCUAGCUGUCUUAGAUUUUUUGAGAAAACACAAGACUAUCUCAUUUUAAUGACUUUGCUUCACGUUUGAUUGCUGUAAGCAGUGUUACUAUUUUAAAGUUAUUUGAAAGACUUGUGUAUGCAGGACUUGAUAAAAGACAACCCAACUCUGAAAGCCUGUGGCUACUCUAACGGUAAUUUAGUAGAUACAAUCAUACCUCUUAUCUUUUUCCACUGGAGAAAGAUCCCAUUAAAAAGGUGCAUGAAUGAUGAUGAUGUCCUAAGGAAGUAGUGCGUUCUGGCAGAUUUGAUUGGUAGGACUUAAACAGGGGAGGUAGGUCUGAUCUGUGGGCCAGGCAACUUUCUUAAAAUCUUAGUGUAAGGUUUUUUUGUGAAGGAGUCAUUACA